AUGCCUCACGAACCUCAGGUGCACCCUGCCGGGGACCUCCCUAGUGACCCUUCAAAGGCUGGCGCCCACUCCGCCUUCGACAUGCUGCCUUACCCCUCAAAAGUACCAACACCUCCCAAAGCAUACGCUCCCCACACGAUCAUCUCAGCAAAUCCGGUACCUGGCGUGCACCGCGCCGCAGUCAAGGCAGAGGCUUCGAGCACAAAGAGCCUCCGCGAACCAGCCAAAGCAUAG